AGUAUAUUAGCUACCCUACACACAAUUCAGUAUACCCACACACAAUUUAGUAUAUUAGCUAUCCUACACACAUUUCAGUAUAUCCACACACAGUUUAGUAUAUUAGCUAUCCUACACACAUUUCAGUAUACCCACACAAAAUUUAGUAUAUUAGCUACCCUACACACAAUUCAGUACACCCACACACAAUUUAGUGUAUUAGCUAUGCCACAUACAAUUCAGUAA